AUGCCAGAUCCACCCAACGAUACUGUCCAAGCCUUAGGUGAGGAGUCAGGCCAACCUGAACAACCCCAGGAUCUGAAAGACACAAACCUGGUGAUCAGUGAAGUGCUACAACUCGCCACCAACAAUUCGGUGUCGGACCAGCUUGAUGACACCCUCCCAGCCUCGGGUGAGGAGUGCAGCCACCCAGAACACACCCAGGACCCAAGAGACAUACACUUCAGUGGAGGGCAACAAGUCGUCAUCACUUCCAUUCACGCAACCGAUCUCAUACUUGGUCUCCAAUGUAUCCCUGCUGGCUUUUAUGUGGUAGUCAAGGCUGAUGGUGCUGAAUAUCAGACAAGCAAUAAUUCUGUACACGUAGACCAGGCUGUCGUUGAAUGGCACGAGUGCAUUCUUCUACCAUGCAAUCCAUCUUCUAAAGUUGGGGUCAGCGUGUAUGCCUCAUUCGAAUUGGGUCCCAUGGUCUGUCAUGGAGAACUCCUUCGCACAUUCGAGAUGUCCAUUGGAGAAUUACUGGAUCGCAGCGAAAGGUCUCAUCCCAUAAUGUUUCAGCCAAAGCAGGAGGACGUCAUAUCUGCUUGUACUUCAUUGUUCAUGAUGGUAGAGCAGCAACUUUCUGAUCGAAAUGACGGCGGUGUUCUUUGUCCUCUUACUACCCUUACAUCUCGCAAUAUGGAUGGGUUAGCACUAAGGAUGGAUGCCGGACAUCGUCUUCUCGCACGAUACCGCAGGAUGCAGAACAGUACGGAUCUUGAACAAUCCACAAGCCACUUUGAACGGGCCUCGGAUCUUUGCCCCGUGGAUCAUUCCUACCGCCCUGCAGCACUGUUCAAUUUAGCCACCGCAAAGUUUAUCAGUUGCCAAGCCAACGGAAGACACCUCAACCUCAGCAUGCCUAUCUCUCUUUUUCAAGAUGCACUUGAUUUGCGUCCCACUGGUCAUCCAGACUGA